GGCGUCACGGGACGCGGCUGGGCGUCGUCAUCAUCGACGACGGAGUCGAGCACAACCACACGGACAUCGCACACGCCUACGACCCGAGUCUCAGCUAUGAUAUCGUGGACGGCGACCGGGACCCUUCGCCACGCUACGACGAUACAGACACAAACGCACACGGCACAAAGUGCGCCGGAAUUGUCUCAAUGCAGCCGAACAACGACUUCUGCGGCGUCGGCAUGGCAACGGGCGCACGACUCGGUGCGGUGCGUCUACUGGACGGUGUCAUCACGGACCGGACCGAGGGCGAGGCGUUCAGCGCCGCCUGUCUGGGAGCCGACGUCAUCUCCGUCUCCUGGGGACCCACCGACAGCGGCUACGUGGCCGACAUGCCCGGGAGGCUGCUACAGGACGCCAUCGAGACCUGCGUCGAAGAGGGCCGUCAGGGUCGCGGAGUGAUCCUGGUCUGGGCGAGCGGUAACGGAGGCGGUGCCGCCGACGACAACUGCGCGUGUGACGGCUACGCGUCCAGCCCGUUCACCCUGUCCGUGGGCAGUGUGGAUCAGGAGGGCCGCAUGCCCUGGUAUGGAGAGAUUUGCUCGUCGACUCUGUCAGUUACCUACACAGUCGGCCACCCCAACAAUGUGAUCACGACGGCCAUGCACGACCGAUGCACGAGCGGUUUCUCUGGGACGUCCGCCUCUGCGCCGAUGGCAGCCAGCAUGGUGGCCCUGAUGCUGGAGGUGAACCCGCAGCUGACCUGGAGGGACGUUCAGCACCUGGUCGUCUACACCUCUCGGCCCGAACCCGUACUCAGAGCCAACAGCCAGUGGGUGUCAAACGCCAUCGGUCUGCGCUACAGCACCAGGGUGGGUUUUGGCCUGAUGGACGCGGCGGCUCUGGUGGCCGGGGCCAGGACGUGGAACUCUUCCCAGUCGGCCAGCGCCAUCAGACGCUUCUGUCAGGCCCCAGGGGAGCAGAGCGCUGAGUGGCGCCGUCUGGGCUCGCGGGGCCCCGUGACGGUGACGCUCUCUGCCCGCUGUGACGGGCCGUAUCAAAUCCGUCACCUAGAGCACGUCGAGCUGGUGUUCAGUCUCAACUACACCCGACGUGGGGCGCUCCGAAUGCGACUCACCUCGCCACAGGGCACUACCGUGACCAUACUGAGGCCUCGGCGCAAAGACGACUCAGCUGACGGCUUUGACGGCUUCAAGCUGAUGUCGGUCGCUACCUGGGGCGAAAACCCCGACGGCAAAUGGAUGCUCGAGGUUCGCGACGAUACGUUUGAAGACAACUACGGUGAGCUGCAGAAGCUAAAGUUGAUACUGUGGGGGACAGCGGUGCCCGCUCAUAAGAUGACAGCCCUGCCGCCCGAGGACACGACUGAGGACGAUGACGUCAUGAUGGAGUCGUCUGGAGAGACCGACUCUGAAGAGACCGAUAAAUCCGAGGACGAUCAGACUCCACAGAAACAGACUCUCAGCGACUCAAUCACCAGCCUAACAAAGAGCAGCGACGAUACGAUUACAGACUCUGACCUUCUCCUGAUAAGACCGGAGGACGAGCCUCAUCUCAACAUAGGACGACACACAGAGAUCGGUGACCAGUCGCCACCCCUAGGAGUCGGACGCUUCACCGAGCUCGUGGAGGACAGUCCCGUCGAGACCGCCGACCGACUGGCAGAUGUUGAGGAAGGUUCUAGAGACGGCAGUGGAGAGUAUAUAGAAUACAAUCUAGGAAGCGAUGUUGAUCCAAUGAUGGAGAACGAUAGGAUACCGUUUAGGAUGGCACUGAGCGGGUUUGGGAAGACAGGAAGACGGUACGGCGGAGAAAAGAUCGGAAGGUUUGCCGACUACAGAUCGGCCUGGCUCGGGGACGGGGAGAAUCGCCGAUCGGAGCUGGAGGAGAUCAUUUCCCAGAGAUUACAGAGAGAUGGCAGAAAGCACACCGACAUAGCUCUGCUUGACAGGAUCGGCACUGGCCGGCAACUCCAGGAGGCGGUGUACCGUCGAGCCAGGCGUCUGGAUCGUCGAUGGUGGCAGUGACACAGCUGUGAUGGCGUCCGCUGACGUGAACCGCCGCGUGACGCCACGUCAGAUGAUAACGCCAGCCGCGCGGCAGGGCGGUGCCAUAUAGGUACAUGACGUGGCCACAGCGUCACAAUGUAUUUAUUCAAUGAGUGUGAUGAAUUGUUUUAAUUGUAUAAUUACAUGAACAGAGACCAUACAA